AUGAACAGAUUUUUUGUCUGUGCUCAGGAUCCGCAGUACUAUGAGAGAUUGAUGCUAAUAAAGGGGCAGAAGUUCUCAGAUAUCAUCAAGCUAGGAGAAAGGAUCGAAGAAGGCAUCAAAAACAGUAUGGUCACUAAUCUUGAGGCACUGCAAGCCACCAACAAAGCCUUGCAAUCUGGUGGUACGUCAAAGAAGAAAGAUGUAAACUCCGUAAUGGCUGCGCAGAGAAACCACUCUCCCCUAAAAUACCAAUCCUACCCUCCAACUCCACUCACAUACCAAGCUCCUCUAAGCUACCAAGCACCUUCACCUACUUACCAAAAUCCACCACCCGUCUACCAAUCAUCUCCACCACCAACAUAUCAACCCACCUUGCCAGGAUAUUCCCAACCCGCACCCGUAUACCAAGCCUACACACCCCAACCUUCUCACUAUCCAUCACCACCAAACCGGCAAAACUUCCCACGACCAAGACCCAACUUUGACCGCAAACCACCCAGAUAA